AUGCUGAGAUGCUGCGCAGUGCGCUGUGGCGGCUGGGACACUGCAGCUCCGGACACGAGCUGCUUGUUGACCUCUCAAACUGGCAGUGCCACAGGCCUGAAAAGGGGAAAGUGGUAUUUGGUCGUGAUCCAGAUGGAGAGAGCAAGGAGGAGCCUGGAGCCAUGGACGAUAGCAGCCAUUGCUGUGUCAGUGGUAGUGGGCCUGGCCCUCAUCAUUGGCUUGCUCACGUUUUUUCUGUGCCGUGACCAGGACCGGUACUACAAUGCAUCCUUCCUGAUCACCAAUGUCAACUACAACUCUCAGUAUGAGAGGCAGACCACGGAAGAGUUCAGGCACCUGAGCCAAGAGAUUGAAACCAUGAUAUCUGCAGUAUUCAGGGGGUCCUUCCUAAGUAGAAGGUACAUCAGGUCCCAUGUUUUCAGUCUGAGCCCAGAUCCUGGUGGAGUGCUUGCAUCUGUGCUCCUGGUAUUUAAAUUUCCCUCUGCUGACAGCAAGGCAGUGACCUGGGGUCACGUCAACAGCAUACUGCGCAGAAGGCUGAGGACGAUCUCCUCUCCCUUGAACAUUGAUGAGUCCACCCUCAGCCUCACAGAGCUGAACAAGGAAAGGGGGGAUAACCUUUUAAAUAACUGCUGUGGGAUCCGGAGAGAGGCCUUCUCCUUCACGGGAGUGGAGAGGAUCAUCGGUGGGCAGCGCGCGCAGGAAGGGGAAUGGCCGUGGCAGGCCAGCAUCCAGCUGGACGGCACCCAUCGCUGUGGUGCCUCAAUCAUCAGUAACACCUGGCUGCUGACUGCAGCCCACUGCUUCAGAGGAGGACGGGAGCCUCGCAGGUGGACUGCCAGCUUUGGAAUUCUGCUGAGGCCUCCAAAACAGAGGAAAUUUGUCCGAAGAAUCAUUAUUCAUGAGAACUACAGUGACUUCCUCCUGGAUCACACCAAUGAUGUGGCAGUUGUGGAGCUGGCCUCUCCUAUUGAGUUCACGAGUGACAUACACAGCGUCUGUCUCCCUGAGGCCUCUCAUGUUUUCCCAGUCAACGCCUCCUGUUUUGUCACAGGCUGGGGAGCUUUGGAGAAUGAUGGCUCCAGUGUUAAUCACCUUCGACAAGCAGAAGUGAAAAUUAUAAGUACAGCCAUUUGUAAUAGAAGAGAAGUAUAUGGUGGAGCAAUAACACCUGGAAUGUUGUGUGCUGGAUACUUGGAGGGGCAGGUGGAUGCCUGCCAGGGUGACUCUGGUGGGCCACUGGUGCAUGCAAACUCCAGAGGAAUCUGGUACCUUGUGGGAAUAGUGAGCUGGGGAGAUGAAUGUGGGAAGGAGAAUAAACCAGGAGUGUACACACGAGUGACUUACUACCGAAACUGGAUCUACUCCAAAACGGGCAUCUGA